CAUUUCUGAUCUGGAUCUUGGCAUGGAGAUCUUGAGGCACAGUGGCCAUGAAAAGCUUAGGCCCAGGCAAGGUAGUACACACCAUUAGUCCCAGGAGGUAAGUAGAUCUUUGAGUUCAGGGUCAGCCUGGGGCAAAGCAAGUCCCAGAUCUAGGCGUGGUGAUACACACCUUUAAUCUGGGCCACACCUUCUGCUGGAGGCCUCCAGAAGGACUUUAGAAGAAGGAAGAUUCACUCUUUUUAGCCUGCCUUCAUUUACUUGCCAGCACAUCUGUUGGAAUCUACUUCUACAGAAGACCAGAUGAAACAACUAGCCUAGUGGGACCGAGCAACUACUAGAUCCUUGGACUUCCAAUUCACAGCUGACCACUGUUGGGGAGUUGGACUACAGACUGUAGAAAAUGAGCAUCACGGACAUUCUGAGCGCUGAUGACAUUGCAGCGGCCCUGCAGGAAUGCCAAGACCCAGACACCUUUGAACCACAAAAGUUCUUCCAGACAUCGGGCCUCUCCAAGAUGUCUGCCAGCCAAUUGAAGGAUAUCUUCCAGUUCAUAGACAACGACCAGAGUGGAUACCUGGAUGAAGAUGAGCUCAAGUAUUUCCUACAGAGGUUCCAGAGCGACGCUAGAGAACUGACCGAGUCAGAGACCAAGUCCUUGAUGGAUGCAGCGGACAACGAUGGAGAUGGGAAGAUUGGGGCUGAUGAAUUCUUAGGGAGAUGGCACACCUGCAAAACCCUGAGCCACCUGCACUGAGUCUGUCCUCUCAUCUUCUAUUCUAGAAUUCCAGGAAAUGGUGCAUUCUUAAAGCCCAAGUCUUCAGAAGAAAGAGAGGAAGGGGCAUUCUGCCAGAAGGAUUCAAAAGCCCUGGGACUGGGAUGCUCCCCACCCUACCCCGAACUAAUUUACCAAGUCCCCCUGAAGCUCUUCUGCAACGUGCUCCUUGCUUGAGGGAAUGCAAUGGUUUGUGGCUCUUCCUUCUUUGGUGGUGGUGGAUAGGUCCUGAUGACUUCUGUAAGCCCCCAUCUGGCAGACAAGGCCUUUAAAAAUCACCCAAUAAAAUAAUUUCUCAUCAUUGGCUGAUGUA